AGAGAGAGAGAGAGAGAGAGAGAGAGAGAGAGAGAGAGAGAGAGAGAGAGAGAGAGAGAGAGAGAGAGAGAGAGAGAGAGAGAGAGAGAGAGAGAGAGAGAGAGAGAGAGAGAGAGAGAGAGAGAGAGAGAGAGAGAGAGAGAGAGUGAGAGGUGGGCAGUACUGAGGGAGUUAGUUCAUACAAUACUACUGAGACAGCUACAGCUUAGCAGAAAGAUACGGUGAACCGCCUCUCCCGGCUCCUGUAAGUGAUGCUACAUUGGUGGCACACAUUUUUUUCCCCAACUCGUUUUGGGCGGACUGUGCGCACACUGUGCCCGCUCGCCGCUCUCCAUCGCGCUCUGAGCGUGUACACGCCUCGACUUCAUCAAAAAAGUGAAAAAAAAAAAUACAUUCAGUAUCAGUUUUCUUGCCAUGAUGCACGUUUUUGUACACUUGGAUUGAGCUUUUUUUGCGCGCGCCUCGGUCACCAAACCACAGCACACGUUGCACUGUAGUCCGAUGCCGGUGAUGUUCAACAUCCACAGAGCAAGGUAGGAUGAUGAUGGUUCAUAAUGCGGGUAGUAAGUUAGAAACCGGGACUCACGACGUUGUAUAAACGGAGCUUGGACCAAUGCGCAUCUCCGCCGUCGGAUCACAGUUCCCCAACUCCAGCACAAGAGGAAUUAUCAGCACAUCGCUUUAAAACAAAGUUAUUUGCUUACACUUUUUCUUUUUCUUUCCGCUGAACAUCCAGGACUGAGAAUGGUGUCACAUGGAUAAGUUUUGGUAGUGGAUUUCGUCGUCUUCAUCGCGUUUUGCUCUGUGGACGUGGAUCCCCUCCUCAUUCACUCCACUUCAUGGAACUUCAUCUGGUAGAUCAAUGAUGACGCGACGUGACCGGACUUGCGAUUGAUUUGUCUUCAAAUUCGAGUGGAAAAGGAUCACCGCCACUGGAACGUGAACCCCCCAUUCCCCUCCACCCCUCCACUCUUUGAGUAUGGACUUAGUGAGCCCGGCCCAUGUGCUGCUGGUCUUGGUGUCCUGCCUGGUGUUGGCAUGCCUGGCCCAGGAGAAGGACUACACUGUGAAGGAGGAGCAGCCCGAGAACGUCCGCAUCGGGAACCUGCGGCGGGACCUCGACCUCAACCUGGACCCGGCCGUGCGGCUCUCCUCCCCGCUGCAGUUCAAGCCCGUGUACAAGACGGGCGACGUGCCGCUGGUGCGCGUGGAGGCCAACACGGGCGAGAUCUUCACCACCAGCCACCGCAUCGACCGCGAGAAGCUGUGCUCGGGCGUGUUCGCCGAGAAGCGCUGCUACUAUGAGAUCGAGGUGGCCGUGCUGCCCGACGAGAUCUUCCGCCUGGUGAAGAUCCGCUUCCUGAUCGAGGACGUGAAUGACAACGCGCCGCUCUUCCAGUCCACCGUCAUCAACAUCUCCAUCCCCGAGAACACGGCCAUCAACACUCGCUACCCGGUGCCCUCGGCCUUCGACCCCGACGUGGGCCUCAAUGGGAUCCAGCACUACGAGCUGGUCAAGAGCGUGAGUGAGUUUGGCCUUGACAUCAUCGAAACCCCUGAAGGCGAUAAGUGGCCCCAGCUCAUCGUUCAGCAGAACCUGGACCGCGAGCAGAAGGACACCUUCGUCAUGAAGAUCAAGGUGGAAGACGGUGGCAACCCUCCAAAGUCCAGCACCGCAAUCCUCCAGGUCACCAUCUCUGACGUCAACGACAACCGGCCCAUCUUCAAGGACAGCGAGCUGGAGGUCAACAUCCCGGAGAACGCGCCCAUCGGGACAUCCGUGGAACAGCUCCACGCCACCGACGCCGACCUGGGCUCCAAUGCCCAGAUCCACUUCUCUUUCAGCAACCAGAUGUCUGCGGCCACCAAACGCCACUUUGCCAUCGACGGCUCCUCGGGUAUGGUCACCGUCAAGCAGCCAUUGGACCGUGAGGUGACGCCGGUCCACAAGCUGAUUGUUCUCGCCAGCGAUGGCAGCUCCACCCCCUCAAGAUCCACGGUGACUGUAAACGUAACGGAUGUUAACGACAAUGUGCCCUCGAUAGACAUCCGCUACAUAAUUAACCAGGUUAAUGGGACCAUUGUGCUGUCUGAAAAUGCUCCUCUCAACAACAAAAUAGCCCUCAUUACAGUCACAGACAAGGACGCAGAUCUUUACGGCAAAGUAGCCUGUUACACUGACCACGAUGUCCCUUUUCGGUUGAAACCAGUCUUUAAUGACCAGUUCUUACUGGAAACGGCAGCCCCACUAGACUACGAGACAACGCGGGAAUAUGCAAUUAGGAUAGUUGCCUCGGAUAGAGGAACGCCGCCACUGAACACUUCAGCCAUGGUUUUAAUUAAAAUCAAGGAUGAGAAUGACAAUGCACCUAUCUUCCCCCAACCGGAGAUCCAACUUUCCAUACCGGAGAACAAUGACCCAUCAACACAGUUAAUAAAAAUCAGUGCCACCGACGCUGACAGUGGGCAUAAUGCUGAGAUUAUUUAUACUCUUGGCCCCGAUGCGCCUGACGGGUUUAACAUAGACAGACGAACUGGGAUCCUCUCCGUUGGCAAGCGGCUUGACAGAGAGAAGCAGGAGAGGUACUCGUUCACUGUGGUGGCACGGGACAAUGGCUCCACGUCUCUGCAGAGCAAUGUCACAGUCAGGCUAAUCGUGCAAGACCUCAAUGACAACAGCCCUGCGUUCACACACCCCGAGUACAACUUCUAUGUGCCCGAGAACCUGCCUCUCUACGGAACCGUCGGCUUAAUCACAGUCACGGACGCGGAUGCGGGGGAUAAUGCUGUUAUAACCUUGUCCAUUUUGAAUGGGAAAGAUAACUUCCUCAUCGACCCUGUAACCAGCGUGAUCAAACCCAACAUCACAUUCGACAGGGAACAGCAAAGCUCUUACACAUUUAUGGUGAAGGCAGUCGAUGGUGGCCAGCCGCCCACCACCUCCUAUGCCAAGGUCACGAUCAAUGUGGUUGAUGUGAAUGACAAUCGCCCCGUUUUUGUCAUCCCUUCCUCCAAUUACUCCUAUGACCUUGUCCAGACUUCCACCAACCCCGGUGCAGUGGUCACCAGAGUGUUUGCCAUUGACAAUGACACAGGUAUGAAUGCUGAGCUUCAUUACAGCAUCAUCAGCAGCAUCAUCAUAACCUCCAGGGUCUCCCCUAGGGGCCUCUUUGCCAUAGACAAGGCUACAGGGAAUAUCACCUUACAGGAGAAAAUAGUGGCCGCUGAUCACGGGCUGCAUAGGCUUGUGAUUAGGGUCAAAGACCUGGGCCAGCCUGAGUCCUUUCACGCCAUCGCACUCAUUCACCUGUUUGUAAACGACACUGUCUCUAAUGCCACCUAUAUUCAAGAGCAGCUACGGAAAAGUAUGGAGACACCUUUGGACCGUAACGUUGGAGACAAUGAAGUGACGCCCCAAGCCAGUGGAUACGUGAUCGUUGUCAUAGCGAUAAUCGCCGGAACCAUGACUGUCAUCCUGGUAAUAUUUGUGACGGCCUUGGUGCGCUGCCGGCAGACGCCGAGGCACAAAGUCGUCCAGAAGGGGAAGCAGAGCGGAGAGUGGGUGUCGCCGAACCAGGAGAACCGGCAGAUAAAGAAGAAGAAGAAGAAAAAGAAGCGGUCCCCCAAGAGCCUGCUGCUGAACUUUGUGACCAUCGAUGAAUCCAAGCCUGAUGACCCCACCCACGAGCACAUUAACGGCACGUUGGACCUCCCUGUGGAGCUGGAGGAGCAGACCAUGGGGAAGUAUAACUGGGCCACGACGCCCACCACCUUCAAACCUGACAGCCCAGACUUAGCCAAGCAUUACAAGUCUGCGUCCCCCCAGCCCACCUUUCAAAUCAAACCAGAGACACCGGUGGCCCCAAAGAAACACCACGUAAUCCAGGAGCUCCCCUUGGACAACACGUUCGUGGUGGGCUGUGACUCACUCUCCAAGUGCUCCUCGACUAGCUCCGACCCGUACAGUGUCUCAGAGUGCAGCUGUCAGGGGGGAUUCAAGACUGCAGGGCAGAUCACCACUCGACAGAAUCCCAACCAGACGUCGGAGACAGGCUUCAAUUCGCCAUCCCCAAUCUGUCCUCAUAAGGAGGCCUGUCAACUUGGCAAGAUGGCGUCUGUAAAUAUUCAGCGCCGGGUGACGUUCCACCUGCCAGACGGGUCCCAGGAGAGCUGCAGCGACAGCGGGCUGGGGGACCAGGAGCCCAGCAGCACGGCCAGCACCGCCACCCAGCCGCUGCCCCUGGGCUUCCCCCAGGACCCCUACUACGAGCAGGCCUCCCCCAGCAGCCGCACCGAGGGAGACGGCAACUCAGACCCUGAAUCCACCGUGGAGGUGAACCUGCAGAAGGCCCUGGCGGAGGCGUCUGAGAACUGCACCCAGGAGUGUCUGAUCCUGGGCCACUCCGACAGCUGCUGGAUGCCCCCGGCCCUGGCCCACUUCCAAUCCCCCGGGAACAGCAGCACCAGCCUCGCAUCCACCCCCCCCAGCGCCACCAGCCACUCAACCAGUGCCACCAGUACCCAUACAACCUCCACCGUCGCCGCCAUCAACACCACCCAGGGCACCCAGUCCGGCACCCUGCCCUCCUUCGGCUUCCAGAGCUGGUCCCGGGGGGGCAAGGAUAGCCUAAGCGGCAUGGGGGUGCUGAUGGACGGCCGGCACACGCUGGGCCGCUCGGUGCCCCGCAAGGAGGAGCAGGACAAGGGCCUGGGGGGGGCACGGUUCUACAGCACCCUGGACCGGCACCACAGUAAGAAGGAGGAGCCAGUGAAGGUCAUCCCGCUGGCCAGCUUCUCCUCCUCCGGCCAGCAGCAGCACGGCUGCGGCGGUGGCAGUGGGAACUUCUUGCACGAGCACCAGCUUUAAGCCCCUCCCCUCCUGUGUAUAGUGGGGCGCCCCCCUUAUUGCCCCCCCCCUCACUGGGGCCCCCCUCACUUUGGCCCUCCAUACUGGGGCCACCCUCACUGGCGUCCUACUCACUGGGGCCCCCCUCACUGGCGUCCUCCUCACAUGGGCCCCCCUCACUUCGGCCCUCCAUACUGGGGCCCCCCCUCACUGGCGUCCUCCUCACUGGGGCCCUCCUCACUGGGGCCUCCUCAAUGGGGCCCCCCUCACUGCUCGGGACUCCAGCAGACUGUGAUCAAUGAAGAGUGUCGGCGGAUCAUUUGACUAACUGUUCAGCAUCGUCGGUAAACUGAGAGCGUCUAACACAUCAGAUUUCAGUCGAGAUCAUGUUCAGCAGAUAUAUACAUACACAGUAUGUAUGUAUAUAUAUAUAUAUAUAUGGAAUAAGAAAAAAAAAUUAACUACUGUCGACCUCUCCUCAGGAACGGUCUUCACAUUGCAGAUCUAAGGAUCAUAUAUGGUAGUUCUAUACCAAAGUAUUAUCAUCACGGUAAAAAAAGAGAGAAAUGUUGCUGCCUUUUUCUGACGUCAGAUUUGAUAUUGAUGAAAGGGCACAGUGCGUGACAAGUUCAGCCGAACUGUAUCUUAGAGGACAUUUUAUGGGACGUGAACGGCAUAUUGUGCUAAAAUGGGGCUUAAUGUUGUUGUUUUGGGUGAGUGCUGGUUGCUUUAUCUUUAAGUUCUAGUGAAGUAUCGGCUUGUAGCUUAAGACAUGCGGAGCAGCUGCUUGCAUGUUUUGGUAGAGGAUGUCGCUUGUGUUGCGCCCCAAUGUGUUUCACGGGUUUCUAUUUUGGUCAGAGGACUAUAGGAAGAAGGAUAACGGGGAAAGAAGUCUACAGUGCGGAACUAGGCCAACGGAAGGUAGAGCUGGUAAUCUGAGGCAUUCUAUGUUAGGAGUAUGUUUUACAGUCUGUUUGAGAGUUAACCACAGACACACACACACAAACGCACACUCACACACUCACGCCUGCAUGCACAAACAUAUGUUGCAACACACGCACAAACACAAACACACACACACACACACACACACACACACACACACACACCAUACACACAAAAAUACACACACGCACAAACACAUAGGCACACGAAGACACGUAUACGCACACACAAACACAUUAUAAACACACAUUAACACACACCAUAAGGGGAACAUAAGGGAAACAUAAGAUGUUUCCCUUAUGGUGGUUGUUGAGACUCUGCCGCCUCUAUUAUGAACGUGCUCAUUCCCAGCAUUACCUCAUUAGCUUAGCCUUGAAAGGCGCAGACAGAUGCGCUUCGGAAGCUAACCAUUGGUCUCCUUUUUUAUUCUAUCUUGCACAUUCUCGAUUUGGAAAAUAUCACUGUAUUAGGUGCCAUGGAGCCAAUUACGAAAUUCUUGCAAUGUUGUAAUUACUUUGAUGUGUGAGCCUGGUCGCGUUCGGCAUUGUGUUCUGGGAGGCUGUAGUCGGUUUCAUAGGCAAGAAGCAGCUUCUCCUGGUAAGGAAUGGCUGAAAAAAACUCACAGAAUAGCAGGGGUUCUUAUUCAUAUUGUAUCCACCGAAACCUCCACAUCAUCAUUAAGCAUUCUGAUAACCUUCACAUUAAUUAUAAUUGAGAAUCUGGCUUUUUCAUCUCUCUCUCUCUCUCUCUCUCUCUCUCUCUCUCUCUCUCUCUCUCUCUCUCUCUCUCUCUCUCUCUCUUUACUAAUCAGCUUCUCCAUUUUUGUCAACGCUAGCUGAGCAACAGCGGGUCAUAACGGAGGCGCCUGCAAGAAUUCUUCUUAGGCUCCCUGCUUAUAACUGCAUGUCGAUUAUUUUAAUGCUGCAGUCAUUAUAACAACAGGCAAUGGCGCUAUUUUUUAGGAUCUCUCUGUGGGCUGCUUGACAUCGCUGCAUCACCACCUCUGUAUUCACCAUUUAUGUAUAAUUUAACAAAAUAGCCUUUUUGGUUCAGAUGGGGCGGCCAUGUUAUUUUUCUUUAUAUGGGGCUCAAUGGCUUUGCGGCAACAAAUUCCCAUUUGUAUAAAAUAGGACACACAGUCCUUCUCAAGUUUUAUUGUAGUCCUAGGUGGCUAGCUAGUCUAAUGUUGCAUGGAAUUCAAGUGGACUCCCCCUGUCCCUGCUGACAUGCAUAUGGCUUAUUUUUUUGUACAGAUUUUCAUUGCCGAUAUCUAUAAUGCAAAGUGCACGGGGGAAAAUGCAUGCACUCUCUUAGCUGCCCCAUCUCUUACUGAUAACGCUCUCUAGAUCAGUCAAAGGGGCAUUGUUGUCAAGGACAAGUCAGGGAAGCCAAUUUAAUUUCAUCAAAGUCAAUUAUGAAAAUUUAAAAAGUAAACUUAAACUCAAAGCAAAAAUAAAAUGUCAUUAUUCAUUGUAAGAUUAUGAAAUACAAAACAUCAUUGGGGGAUUCAUUUUAUUGAAUUGUAUUACUUACCUUCGCAUUGUUUAUUUUUAUUCAUAAGAGCACGCAUAAAUUCUUGAUGUCUUUUUUCGACUUUAGAUUUCUGACCAAUACAGAAAUACAAAACCAGAUGCUCUGGAUGCGUGUUUCAGAAUUAGUUAGAGAAACGCUUCUCUCUCUCUCUCUCUCUCUCUCUCUCUCUCUCUCUC